UGACGGGAACAGUGACAGUCAAGCACGGCACGGCACGGCACGGUUCGGUUCUGUUGUGCCGCAGCCUAUCGUGGAGGUGGAGGAGGGAGGCCGAAGCUUGACGCGGGACGUUCCUGGUCUGGAGCCCCGCGGCUUUACUCCAGCUGACACACGCACGCUGAUGGACAUAAAUACCCUAUGGAAUGAUAACGACCGACAGCGCAAGAUGGGCAGGCGUUGAAAUCAGCUUUAACUUCCCCCGGUGGCGGCGAAGCUUCGAAAUGGAUGAGUUCCAUCCGUUCAUUGAGGCUCUGCUGCCCCAGGUCCGUGCCUUUGCCUACACAUGGUUCAACCUCCAGGCCAGGAAAAGGAAGUACUUCAAAAAGCAUGAGAAAAGGAUGACUAAAGAAGAAGAGAGAGCCGUCAAAGAUGAACUGCUGGGGGAGAAGGCAGAGGUGAAACAGAAGUGGGCCAGCCGUCUUUUGGCCAAGCUAAGAAAGGACAUUAGACCUGAAUGCAGAGAAGACUUUGUCCUUUCAAUCACUGGGAAGAAAGCUGCGUGUUGUGUCCUGUCAAACCCUGAUCAGAAAGGCAAAAUGAGACGCAUAGAUUGUCUCCGACAAGCUGACAAGGUGUGGAGGUUGGACCUGGUGAUGGUCAUCCUGUUUAAAGGAAUCCCAUUGGAAAGCACAGAUGGAGAGCGGCUGGUAAAGGGAGGCCAGUGCUCCAAUCCAGUUCUCUGUGUCCAACCUCGACACAUCUCUGUCUCUGUGAAAGAGCUCGACCUCUACCUCGCUUACUAUCUCCAAGAGAAAGAGGCAGAUCAGAGCAGCAGUCCCAGUCGUACAGGAGUGGGUUCUGAUCAGGAGGACAGUCGAACCGCUACCAUGGAUGGUCCAGAGUUCCAGGAAAGUUUUGUGACAUCAGGAGUUUUCAGUGUCACUGAGCUGGUCCAGGUCUCUAGAACUCCAGUAGUCACAGGAGUAGGACCUAGUUUCUCUAUGGGGGAGCUCCAGGGUCAUCUGGCCUAUGACCUCAACCAGCCCGGCAACCAGCCAGUUACCCUGAGACGAUCACUGGCCAGCACCUCAUCUAGCGGGAAUAAGCGUCAUAAGUCCGGCUCCAUGGAGGAAGAGGCUGACAGUCCAGGGGGGGAGUAUUACCACUCACCUUCCAGUCCUGCCAGCAGCUCCAGGAACUGGACCGAUGACAUGGAAGGAGGUCUCUCUCCACCAGUGAAGAAGGCAGAACUGGACAGUCCCUCUCCCCAGGAAGACUCACCAAGACUAGGCUCAUUCACUCAGCACCAGCGGCCUGUCAUAGCUGUUCACAGUGGUCUAGCUCGGAGUCCCCACCCGUCCUCAUCUCUUCAUUUUCCAUCAUCUUCCUACUUCCCCCAUGGAGCAAUUCGCUAUCCUCCUCACCUGGCCCAGGACCCCUUAAAAGAUCUGGUCUCAUUGGCCUGUGACCCUGCUAAUCAAACCCCCAGCUCACUGAAUGGCAGCAACCAGAUUAAAGUUCCCAGUCACUACAUCUCCUCUCAGAUGUUGGCGCCCCCUGGACCAGCACCCUCGUUGGCCCCUCCACCAUCCUCCCUCUCCAGGCCAACACUACCUACAGAGUCAAAGGCCACUACCACUUCCUCUGACAGGGGCACAAACUCCCCCACAUCCCCCACAUACUCGGCCCCUGGGACCCCACCUUCCAACCGCUCCUCCUUUGUUGGAGUCACGCCUCGAGACCCAGGUGGACUCUACCAAGCCCAGAGAACCUGACAGAGGAGAAGCUUAUGUUGGUGGACCAACACCCUCUUCUUUGCUGCAGCUCAUCUCCUCCUCCUCCUCAUCAAUACAACUAAAGCCAGAGCUUUUUGCUGACAUGUAGAAAGGUAAAUCAUAUAUCCAUGUCCGCUGCUCCAAAAACUAGUUAAUAUCUGCUAUCCACCUUUUUGGUCACCUAGCAACUGCCACCCAACGUGUGCACAGUUUGUGCGUGUAUGCCCUCCCCCUCUGUGCUAUCCCAAGCCCCCCUUCAAGCGCAGCACAUACCACCUCCUCUCUGAAAGCCCAUUUAUUGUCAUUAGCUAGCACCACUUUGCAAAUACCACGCUGUGGCAGUGGAGCAUCAUCAGGACCAGUCCAUGAAAAUCCAAACAAUCAUCAAGAUAUUUACUCCAUUUUCUGUUCACCCCAUACUGUAGCUGAAGUUUGGUGUUUACAGUAAAUUUUUCAGGUUUAUUUUUUCUCACACUGUGCCUCCCCUGAAGUCUUCUUGUGCAGCUCACACUGAAAACUGUUGGUCUAAAUAAUCUGACAAGAAUCACAUUUAAAAAUAACAAAUAUUAUGUGUUUGCUGACAUCCACAGAAAACAUCAUAGAUUGGCACCUUCAGUCCAAAUAUAGAAGUAUCUUGGUAACCUGAGCCUUGAAAUCGGUAUCCUGGUAUCAGGUAGGCAGCCAUAAUGCAGGUACAGUAAGUGGGUCAGUAAGCGGCAGGUUGCAGAUGUGUAUGUGUGGUAAUAGGGUGGUAAACAAGUAGCUUGUACAGGUAGAGGAAAGCAUCCACUUAAGCACUUAGAGAAAUGAAUAAAUCAUAAUAAAUUCAAUAGCUUAGGUAUUUAGAGACAUGUUUUUCAAAUAUAUGGUAUUUAGAGACAUUUACAUUACACAGUACAGGUUGAUGAAGAAUAGAGCUUGGGCCUUGUGUGUUAAGUGUGAUUGUGCUGCUGUUGUUGCUGCUGCAUUGCAGUGCCACUGCUCCAGAAACUGCUCAGCUAACAGUGCUGAGCCAGGACUCCUCUCUGUGAAUUUACGUUUGUCGCAACUAAAUGCAAGAAAAGUUGGAUAACUUCUUAAUGGAUUGUCAUAACAACUGGGUUGUUAGGGAUAUUUUAUUGUGAUUAAAAUCCAGUCUGACUUAGUUGGACUUCUCAAAAUUAACUGAAUUUAUGUUAGGAAAAACAGCUUGCAUGUUGCAAAUUUAAUGAAAUGGACCCUUUAAUUAAAAUACUACAGAGCAGCUACACCUGGUUCAAUCCACCAGGUGUGUCGGUGCUUGCAGGUCCAUUGCAUGUAACACUUGAUCUGUGUCACACCAUACAGUUUCAGCAUGAUGAUUGUCUGGUGACUGGUAGCACAAUGAUGUAAAUAUUAUAGAAGCAUAGGCAUAAUUAACUUGCAUAAUUCAUCGGUGUUGCUUUUGUUUGAAAAAGCAGCAAACAAAAAAAAACAAAACAACAAAAAAAAACCACUCUUUAGCCAUAACACUGGGAUAUUAUGUUUAUUCAGAAGUGGCACUUAGGAUACUGUAGGUAAUUACAUUCCCAAGUGGUAUCUUUGGUUACACUGAAUUAUACAGCGUACAAUAUAUUCUGCAUCAAUUUGUGAACUCUCCAUAUUAGUUGAUCUGUAGGUGUUGGCCAUAGCAGGACUUGUGCCAUGAGAGGUUCAGUCUUAAUUUGUGACACUGUCAGAAUUUUAACACAGCCUGUCUUUCUCCAAAGUUGUAAAUCAGUUUGCCUUCAGUGGACAUGUCUCCCAGUCAGAUGUAGAAGCAAUAGUUUUGAUUGAUGACCAGAGAUUUUACCAACUUUCUCUUAUGUUGUCAAGUUUAAUCUGUGACGGCCCAGUAUUGCCCAGACUAUUCUUCUUCUUCUACUUACGGCUGUUCCCGUUAGGGUUCGCCACAGUGAAUCAUCAGUUCCACCGAACCAACGAUGACACAUUAAACUUGGCAUGUUUUAUGCCCUUUAUGAUCUUCCGGAUAAUGUCCAAUUUAGAGUCACCAAUCAUCCUAAGCGGCAUGUGUUUGGAAGCCAGAGAGAACCCACGCAGGCACAGGGAGAAUACGCAGACUCUGCACAAAAAGGCACCGGGUUGGUUGGGCAUUGAACCCAGAACCUUCUUGUUGUGAGGUGACAGUGCUAGUAUUGCCCAGACUGUAAGGGGCCUUACAUUUUUAAGAGUUCUAAAUUCCUACAUGAGGAUGUGUCCUGACGGGCAGAAAAUGACUCAUUAUUUGACUGGUGCCCACAUAGAUUAUUGAAGUUUGGACUGAAAGUUGAGUAUCAUGAGCGCAGGAAUUCUAAUUUAGUUCUGUAAACUCCUCUGGGAUCUGAGGAGAGAGAUGUGGAGUUAAUGCAAGGCUCCACAGCAGAAAUGUAAGUCUAGAAGUGAAAACCAUGUUUCCAGUUAACUGGAAGUUGCUUUUGACUGAAGGUAAAGCUCCAUAUUUUUUUUUACGUUUGAAGAGUAAGCAUUGUUCAUGAACGAACCAAUCACUUUCACUAAGCCUUUAACAAUAGCUUCAUCUUUUGUUAGAGUUUUAAAUUGUUUAUACACAUGAAUUACUUGAAUAAAAUACAAUAUUUUUGUAAUUACUCAAAAAUUGAUGUGUGCAACAAUCAAUUUCGUAAAUGGUUUUACAUGUAAAUUUGGUGUGAUGAUUACUCAUCAAAAAAGCCUUGUACCUCUGUGUGAUAAAAAUGCAAAUCAGUUCAAAUUUUAAUUGUGUGUUUGUCUCUCUUCCAGUCUUGGUAUCUGGGCAACUGAGUGAACUCUGGAGGAAAGGUGAUUGUCAUGGUAAUGUCCUGGAUGAAAGGAAGUAACGUUAGGACAAUGCCAGAAAGGAAUAUUCAGCUUUGUAGAAGUGGUCAUACAAAUAUAUAAAUAUACAGUGAAAUAUAUUUACAUAUGUGUAUGUACCCAGAGGAGACGGCCUGGAUGGAAGAAGGAUGCUGCUCUUUCUCAGCCAUUUUGCAGCCCCAGAAUGUACUACGCCAUAUGACACAAAACAAUUCCCAGAAAUGGCCACUGACAUGAGUUGUGAUUUUCAAAUAGAAGUACCGGACUAAUGCAGAUGUCUGGUAGGUCCAGAUUAACGGCAAACCAGAACUAGGCCUCAACACACCAAGUCCUAACUGAGUCCCCAGGAUGAGGGCUGUUUCACUGGGAUGGAUGUCAUCCUUUACCCCUGUACGCUGGGUCUCUACCUAUGGUCUCUUUCCUGGGACAGAUGUAGACCUCAUCCCCUUUCAACACCUAGAAUGCCCCCUCCGCUGCAGGUGCUGCGUAUUAUAUAUGCAAAUAAGCCUCCGAAUUGAAAGAGAGAUCCUGUUGUUAAUAUGUUACGUUUCUUUGCACUUUUUAAUAUGUUAUUGAUGACUGAAGGAAACUAAGAGUUGAAACUGCAAAUUUUUUUCUCUCUUUCCACCAAAAGACAGAGGCUUUGUCUUUUUUAUUGACAAUCAUCAGCCUGAAACCAUUAAUUGCUUUGCAAGGCUUGUUUUUAAGAUUGAUUGUAAUUUUUUUAAAUCAGAAAACAACCGUGGAACAUAAGAGCUAUAUUCAUGCUUCCUCGAGCACAACACGCAGUGGUACAGUUGGACACAACUGACAUUGAUCCUUUACAGUAUGGAGGCCCAUUGGUAUCAGAAGGGUCUGUCUUAAGCAGAGGGCAUCUUUUUUUAUGAAUAUCCUGCUGCUUCCUUCCCUUCAAAUGCUGAUCAUUUUGUCAUGACGGCACCAAAUGGCCAAUGGCGCCAUUUGGAGAUGUGCACCUGCCACAAGCAAAUGGCUUGGUAGAACUGAGAAAAGGCAAAGUCACACUAAAACCCGGAUCAUGUGGCAGCAGAGCCAGCUGUGAACUGGUGGCUGAACUCGGUGUGUUUGAAACCCUAGCAUGGCGUGGUGGGGUGUGUGCCCGUGCAUGUGUGUGUACUGUAUGCCUGUGUUUGUCAGAAUGUGAAUAUGGUCCUUGCAUAUCCACACUCAUCCCUGCUCUGUUUUGAGGAGAUGUGAAGAUAUUCUUUGUGUCUGAGAGAACAGACUGGCAUGUAGGUAGAUUAGAAAGAGAUAUAGCAGGCAUUGCACUAUGGCUAUGUUAAAAUUCCUCUUAGAGAGCAGUGCAAUGAUGUGGCAUGUUACAAAGCUGAAGAGUUGCAAUGUUUUUUGUUGUCAGUGCUUAUCGCAGCAGGUCAUGUGCAUACUGACUUGAACUGAGCACAACAUCCAGGUCUCUUGUCCAUCUCUAAAAUGAACGGUGGUCUAGAAGAUGUCGCUGGCAGGUUCUGCACUGUGUAGCGCAGCCCCAACUCAAAUCUGUUUAGGAAAAACAGCAGUAGGGUUUGAGUUGGGGUUCAGACUGGAGUGAGCUGGAAGAACAGAAAGACGGAUCAGCAACAGUGCAAGAGAUGGUUUCAGGUGAAACCUCGGCGGUUUUGGCAAUGAGCAACAAAUCAAGCAUUUAAAACCAGAGUUUAAAGGUCAUGAGUUUGAUUUUCUUGACACAAUAUUUACAGUAUAUUAUGACAAUGCUUUAGAGAGGCAAAGCAAUAUUCUGUUAUGGCUGUUUUUUUUUGUUUUGUUUUUUUCUUUUCAGCUUCAUGUAGUCGACGAUCUUUUGAAAGGCAUGUAUGAGGUUAAUUUUUUACAUGUAUUUUAACUUUGAUUCCUUGUAAACAUUUGACAAGACUAGCAUUUAAUAGAGUCUGAACAUUAAUCUCUAUUUGCGUUAAUGGUGGCUCACCAGUGAGCAAGAUGUCAGUUCAAGGGAUAGAACAACUCAUUCAUGUUUUUCCUGUAGCUGUCUAACAUAUAAAUGCAGAAAUUCAGAAUCAGAUUUUAAAACAUAUCACUGCUGAUAUUUAUAUAUACAAUUAAAUGCAAACUCCAAAUGCAACAGUAGUAAAACAUGCACACCCAGAUAAUUUAAAAUUUUGUACACUAUUUUUUUUUAGAUGAAAAGUUUAAAUAUAAAUGAAAUAUUUAGGGACUACUACUUUUUAAAUUGGUGCCAUAUUAUAAUUGUUAAGGCUUUGCAACUAUAAAGCAGUCUGUACAUCUUUGGUACCCGGGGAUGUAUUGAGUUAAAGGGUUGCUGCUUUUGUGUUGAGGUGCACUCAGACUGAAGGCCAAGCAGAUUUUGAUAAUAACAUGAAUCUGGUUAAUUGAAUGUUUCCGCAAUCUGCAGACAUUACUACAGUACAUGGUUUGGUCACGUGCAUCCCUGGUGGAAACAGGAGGAGAAAAGAACAAGUCAAAGCAUUAUUCAUUUGCUUGUUAUGAAGCUGGGGUUUACAUCGUGAAAUUCCAUCAUCUUGGAAAGAUGCAGUAGAAUCUUCCAAAACUGAAACCCAAAUUUAAACACAAUAUUAUGAGCCGCUGCAGAGAGGCACAGUCAGUGGAAUCAUUGAACUCAUGCAUUGUUUUUUUUUCUGGGAAAAUAUUUAAUCAGAAAAUAAACAUCUGUGGAUCACAAAGAUACCUUUCAAGAUACAGCCCACAGCAGUAGAAGAUAAUUCUUUGACUUCUUCCCUUCACAGAGUAACUCAGUGUGUGGUGCAAACAUCGAUACUCAACUGAGUAUCGAUGUGUUGAGAGUGUUGAGAGUGCCUUUGUGACAGCUCCGACUCAGAACUCACCAGGACAUCCAGUCUGUUACUUCCCUCUAGCUUUUAACUUUGUGUCAAACCGUUUUUUGCCAAAAGGGACACAGCUUUAACUCCCACAGAAGUGUCUCCAUGUUGCACUGCUUACAGAUUUUACUUUUCAGCCGACUUGUGUCCGUCUGCUGACUGUAUUCAGCCAGACCACUUCUAAAAUUUGCUCUGCGUUCAGUCUGAACAAAGGUAUCUGUGUCUUUUUCCUUUCCUAGGUUUUGGGGUUAAGGUUGGCAGUAGUCAGUACCUGCUAGAGGUUCAGACUUUGUACCGAAGGUGCUGAUUUUACCUGGGUUUUGGUAGGACCAGAUUUAAGGUUUGGUUAAAGCUGGCUUAAAGCUACUGUAUACUGCAUGGUGCUGCCCUGGUCACUGUACUGACCUAAAGAAUGCAUGGCUGAAACUGAUGAUACCUCUCCCUCUCUAUCCCGAUCUUCCUCCUAAUACUCCUUUCUUGCUUCUGGACUCUGUACUACAUCAGAGAACAUUAGAUGGAGGGGUUAUCCAUUUCUUUGAAUUUUAAUAAUAGCCUUGUUGUUGAACUUCUAUUUUGCACGAUAUUUCAUGAAACACAUUAUGUGCCUUGCCUUUAGUUAAAGAACAAUUAUACAUUAUAGAAAAUGAUCAUACUUUUUAUGGUACAGCUGGUAGCACUUAAAGAAAAAGAAAAAAAAAAGCUGCAUGUGUGAUUGCUUGACAUUAACCAGUGUAGCAGGUACAUAGUUUAGGUUAAACAGUGGCUGUGAGAUGCUAAGAUUCUAGCUUGAGUGUAGGAUCAAUAAAACCUUUCAUUAGCUUCAGCAGAGGCUGAGAUGGGACUUACCCUCUACUGUCAUUCAGCUAAGGACAGUUGAUUUCUAGUGUGUAACAUUUCAGAAAUACACAUAUUUGUUCUUGGUCACGCUAGGCAAUUACAAAACACAAUCCCAAUACUCAACCCAUUUAUCUUAUCUCAAGGUCAGUUUACUACUUUUCUGUUGUUUUAACCACAUCUCAGCUGUUUGAAUUGGCCGAAUUGUUAACCCCUUACCUAAUUAUGGAGCUGUGGUUGCAUAACAGUGGUCACAUGACAAGCCCGUCGUAUGUGAGGCAAGAGCUAAACCCCUUUCCUCAUUCAGGGGUGGCAGAAAGCGUCAUGGUCUGGUCUUUGCCAUGUUGAUUCCAUUUGUAGAGCCGAUCUGGUUCAGUGGCUCUGCUGUCUGAUCGGUGUGAGUGGACUGAGGUGAAUGUACCCAGACAGUGUUGCUGUGUGUGAAGCAUCACUUAGGCCUGCAGAGUGUUGACAAUUAACUACAGUGUAGAUGUAUGUUGUCCCAAAAUGUGGACAAGCCAGUGUGUUGCAAAUGAAAUGGUGUUUUUAGGUUAUGGUUACACUAUGGCUACCUUGCACCUGAAAACUGCACUUUGCAAAAGCAGAUUCAGUACAUUGGUAGUAUGUCCUGCCUAAAUGUUCACAGUACAAACAAAAGCCAUUUUCUAAUACUCAGCCCUGAGUAUUAAAUACAUGAAAACACAUUUAUUGCAGGGGAAAGUCUUAUGAUAUAUUGUGAAUAUUCUGCCAGUGUGGCCAAGCCACUCAAUCCAGUCUAAUGGAAUCAUGAUAAACAUGUUCAGGUUUGGGCUUCAAAGAACUAGAACUCUGUUCAUUUGCCUGUAUGAAUACUUUGACCAUGUGACAAAAUACUACAAAUGACCAGAGAUGAGUUUGAGUUUUAUACGGUUGCAUGCACUUAACACUAUUCUUACUCUUUUGUUUUUAGUUAUAUCUUGAGUUAUUGAGUUGUUGUUGUUGUUGUUAUUAUAAUUAUUAUGUUACUUGUAGGAUUAUAGUUUUAAUCACAGCAGUGUGUAUAGAAAUGUCUGAUGGACCGAUGGGAGGUGUGUAGAAUGUUUAAAUUUUUCGUAUUUGCACGUUUUAGUUUGGAUCUCCUAAGAGCAGUUGUCAAGCCACAAUGUAAGGCACCCAUGAAAUGGGAAGAUUGUAAAUGGGCUGGUAUUGAAGUUUAGCAGUGUGAGGGAAGAUGAAUGAUGAUGGGUGAAAAUCGUAGUUGGAGAGAGACGGUAUCUUGGAAGUCAGGUUAACCCUUUCAUGCCUAGUGGUCAUUAAAGAACACUAUUUAAGAUCCAGUUUCUUGUAUAUGCAUGGUUUGGUUAGUGUGUCUGCAGGUCCACUAACCCAGCUUCAGCCACUGCACUGGGCACUUCUUGAAAACACCAGGGGUAUCAAUUAACAUCCAAGAAACAAGAUUAUUGGUCCUUCAAUCAAUAUUUUGUGUUACUUAAGUCUGUUGUGUGACUUGUAUGUAGUCAUUAGAUAAUGAUAUAAGAUUUGGCUUUGAAAAACACAGAUGCCAGCUCAGUGAAAACAGAUACUGCAAACAAAUGAUCUACAGUACAUCUGCAUAUUUGCUUUGUGGCUUUGUGUCCUGGGUACUUUACCAGUUUUUAUUGUAGACAGAACUGAGGACCUGAUGUACGAGAAUGCUAAAGAAGUAGAUUGCUAAUUUUUAUUUGAGGACAGUUUUGGAUAACUACUGUAGGGAUGCAGCAAAUAAUUAUUUUCAUUGUCAAUGCUGCUGAUCAUUUUGAUCAUUAAUUGAUUAAUCUUCAAUCAAAAAUAGAAAAGAAUGCAGACUCCUUGCCAGCCAAAGGCAACAUGCUUAAGUUGCCUUUUUUAUUCAACAAGCAAUCCAGAAGCCACAGACAUUCACUUUACUGUCAGGUGUGAGAGAGAAAAGCAUCAAAUGCUCACAUCUGGGGAGCUGCAAUCUGCAAAAUGUAGGUAUGUUUUGUUUGAAAUUAUCAUUCUGUUAUCAAAUAGCUGUUGAUAAUUUUUGGCAACAUGUUUCAGGGAAAUUAAUUUGGAUAAUAUCAGAGCUAAACACUUCACACAUUUAAAAAAAAUCUUCACAAUGUUUGAGUCGUUUUUCAUAUCCAACAGCAUACAGUAUAUUAA